AUGCAAUCAGUCAAUAAUGCCUUUGGCAGUAGUGGUGAACCUAAUGAUCAAAUGGAUGAAACAGGUUAUAGAAAGUAUGAUAUCCAUGAAGGAAUUAUGUUUUGCAUUGAACUAUCAGAAACAAUAUUCAAAGAAUCAUCCGAACUAGACUGUAAAUCGCCAUUAUUGGAAAUUCUAGAGUCACUAGAUGAGUUGAUGUCACAAUUAGUCAUAACGAGACCUGGGACAGCUAUUGGUUGCUAUUUUUAUUACUGUAAUAGAGAAGAUGCCAAGCAAGGUAUCUAUGAAUUAUUUCCAUUAAGGGAUAUAAAUGCUGAGUUUAUGAAGAUAUUAAAUGAUCUUUUAGAGGAUUUAUCAUCUGGGCGAAUAAGCCUGUAUGACUAUUUCAACUUUCAACAAACCGGGGAUGAAAAGCGACUGCCCUUAUCUGUACUAUUCACAUUCAUGCUCGACACUUUUUUGCAAGACAUUCCCGGCCAAAAGCAAUUAAGCAACAAGAGAGUGUUCUUAUUCACUGACGUUGAUAAGCCACAAGAAGCACAAGAUACCGAUGAACGAGCAAGGUUAAGAAGGCUCACAAUUGAUUUAUUUGACAAUAAAGUAAAUUUUGCAACUUUUUUCAUCGGCUACGCCAAUAAACCAUUUGACGAUGAAUUUUAUUCCGAUAUCUUACAGUUAGGCUCUGGUAUAAAUAAAAAUAUGGGUUUGAACUCUGAAUUUGAUGGUCCAAAUACAAAGCCCAUAGAUGCCAAAUAUAUCAAAUCCAGGAUCUUAAGAAAAAAAGAGGUAAAAAGAAUAAUGUUUCAAUGUCCAUUGAUAUUUGAUGAGAAAGCAAAUUUCAUCAUCGGAAUCAAAGGUUACACUAUGUAUACCCAUGAAAAAGCUGGAGUCAGGUAUAAACUAGUUUAUGAGCAUGAAGAUAUCAGGCAAGAGGCAUAUUCAAAAAGAAAGUUUUUACAUCCUAUCACGGGAGAAGACGUUAGUGGUAAUACAGUUAAAGUGUAUCCUUAUGGUGAUCUCGAUAUCAAUUUAUCAGAUAACCAGGACCAGAUUGUCAUGGAGGCUUAUACUCAAAAAGAUGCGUUUUUGAGGAUUAUUGGGUUCCGCUCCUCUAACAAAUCGAUACACUAUUUCAAUAACAUAGACAAAAGUUCAUUCAUUGUCCCCGAUGAGGCAAAAUAUGAAGGCUCGAUAAGGACCUUGGCUUCUUUAUUAAAAACCCUAAGAAAGAAAGAUAAAAUUGCAAUGCUAUGGGGAAAACUUAAAUCCAAUUCCCAUCCCUCACUGUUUGUAUUAUCACCUUCAAGUGCCAAAGAGUACAAUGAAGGAUUUUAUCUCUACAGGGUCCCGUUCUUAGACGAGAUUAGGAAAUUCCCUAGCUUACUAUCCUAUGAUGAUGGCUCUGAACAUAAACUAGAUUAUGAUAACAUGAAGAAAAUAACUCAAAGUAUAAUGGGGCACUUUAAUCUGAGGGAUGGAUAUAACCCAUCUGAGUUCAAAAACCCAUUAUUACAGAAACAUUACAAAGUUUUACAUGAUUACCUGUUACAAAUUGAAACUACUUUUGAAGAAAAUGAGAAGCCUAAUGCUAAAAAAGAUAGAAUUAUGCGUGAGGACGAUUCUUUACGAAAACUAUACUAUAUACGAAAUAAGAUCUUAGAAUCUGAGAGGGCAGACGAUCCGGCAAUCCAAAGACUAAAUAAAUACGUUAAAAUCUGGAACAUGUUCUACAACAAAUUCAACGAUUAUAAUAUUUCGAUUAAAGAAGAAAAGAAACCUUUUGAUAAAAAGCCCAAAUUCAAUAUAUAA